AUGAACGACAACAAAAUCGUCGUCACCAAAUCACACUUCGAUGACUUUUCCGUGCCGACACCUUGGAGAAAAUUCGAAGUGAUUUGCGAAGGGCGAUCGUUGUUCCUCAACGCUGGAUGGCUUGCUGAGUUAUCGCCAUUUUUCGCCAACUAUUGUUUUGGUAGCGACAAACAUCCCGGACGUGCAACUUACAACGCUUCAGAAGAUCUUCAUUACAACGAACUGCUCGAAUUCUUUCGAUGCAAUUUUUACUGUCCGAUGCGGAAACCUCUCAACAUUUCCAAUGUGACAUCCGUGCUUCGAAUUGCAAAAGUUUUCAACAUGCGUGUGACGAUUGCCCGAUGCGAGAAGUUCAUCGCACUAGCGGCUAAAAAUCUAGAUCAAACGAAACUUUUGCAGGUUACUCAAGCAGUCAAUGAGUGUGAUCCCAAUUCAACAACGCUAACUUUGCUGGUGGAUCGAAUUGCCAACCUCAGUGAGAAAGAUUUAUCAACUCUACAUUUCCAAGAUAUCCCCGGAGAUGUUGUUGCCGACGUUUUCACGCACAGAAUGAACUCGAAGAAGGGAAAAAAGAAAAAACUUUGCACCCUUAUG